UCGGGAAUUCUUCGCUGACUACAAAGUAACUUGGCGCUUCCGAGUUUUUUUGAAUGGGCCGCUUCCAUUCACGGGCCGGUGGCGGGAAAAGAGCCCCCCGCGCCACUUCCCGGCUCCGUAGCUGACCAGGGAACAGCGCCCGAUCCUAUCCCGGGUGAAACUGAGCCUCGAUCCUAUCCCGGUGAAGCUGCACCCGAGGAGGAGCGUAAAGUGUUGACGCUGCAAGGCGGAAGGCGGACUCGGCUACUAGAGGAGCGCCCGUGGACGCGGGAGGGACGUCCAGGAUGGCGGACAGCAUAGAUGAGUGGGUGGGCUGUGCUUACCUCUUUCUCCAAGCAACCUUGGAAGGUGACUCUCUACCUACACUCUACAGCCACCCACAUCACAGGUUCAAGAUAUACCAAGCGUUGAAGACGGCAUUGACAGAUUCUGUGGGCUUUAAUAGGGUGGAUAUUCUGAAGAUCCAGUGUAGUGACAAUGAUUUGAUCGUCCAGCUCAAAUUCUGCAAGAAAGAGAACUGCAGAAAGUUCCUGCAAAGCUACAAGAAUGGAAAUUUUCACAGAGCUCUUCAGUUGAUAAUAAACUCCUGCUUCCCCAUGCCCAGCCUAGGGUUACUCAAGACAGAACUGAGGGCUGGUGCUGACAAGUUGGAUUCCAUCAUCCAAGAAGAAGAACGGUGUCUAGAAAGCAUCUCUCGGGAGAAGGUUGAUUCACCCUUCCAAGCCAACAGAAAAAUCAACCCCGAUGACCACCAGACGUUCGCCAAACUGGUAUCCAAGAAGUGGAAACAGGUGGGCCGGUCCCUCUACCUGCAGACCAAAUGCCGGGCCCUUCGGGACCCCUUCAUCGAUAACCUGGCCGUUGAGUACGAACGUGAUGGGCUGUACGAACAAGCGUACCAGUUGCUACGCAGGUUUAUUGACUCGGAGGGCAAGAAGGCCACCAUCCAGUGCCUGGUGGCUGCCUUGGAAGACAAUGGCCUCAUCAACAUAGCCGAAGAACUUUUGGGUCUCCACCAAAGUGAUUUGUGAAUUUUUUUUAAAAAAAGAGUCUUUUAUUUGGGGGUGGGGGGAGACUGCUAGCUUUGUGCCUCUGUGAUUGAUCCUCCCACUGAUCUUUCUUGCGCAUCUUAUUCGGUCCCUGAUCAAUUAUGGCUUCUCCCUAUGAUUGCUUCCCAACAAGAAUUCUGAAGAUCAAACUGGAAGGUCAAGUAUGGUUUCAACAAGAAAUUGGAAGCAUGCUCUGGAAGAGCAGAGGACCUUCUCACUGGACCUCACCAGACACUGUCAGAUUCAGGAAAUCUGUAGCACAGGAGAGGGUGGGUAGAAUAAGAAGGAAUGGGUCUCAACCUGGAAAUAAGGAGGAAUUUCCUGACAGGGAGAACAAUUAAUAACAGCUUGCUUUCUGGAGUUAUGGGUGCUUCCAUCAUGGAAGGUUCCCAUGAAAAGAUUGGACAGUCAUUUGUCCUGGAUGAUGUGUGGCCUUGGACCAGUUUGACCAAAAGACCUCCAAAGUCCCUUCCAGCUCUAUGAUUCUCCUUUCCCCCUAUCAUGAUCAAAUGGCAGAUUUAACAUUGACGUUCUCCUGGUCUUCAAGAGGCCUUCUGAGUAACUGAGGAGACCAUUAGCUCAAUAAAGAACAGCCCAGAUAUAUUUUCAUUUUCAACUCAUUGAGAAUCCAUUCAUGAUCUUCCUAUGUGGGUGAUUCAAUCAGCUACAGAUCGGUCACCUCCGUCAAUGUUGGGGAAUUUAUGAUCCUCCAGAUAUCAGACAGCCAAGCAAUUGAUGAGUUGUUCUCCGUUUCCUUAGUAGAUUUGUAAUAUUAAUUCAGACUUUCAGAAAUACCUCAGGAGGACCAUUUCAAGGAGAUCUUGAGCUAUGAGUUCUUGAUUGAUACCAGUUUAGUCUACUAGCUGUUGAAGGACUUAAAUCAGGGAUGUCCAAUCUGGCAACUUUAAGACUGGUGGACCAGCUUCUUGCAUUGCUGGCAGUCUUAAAAGUUGUGAAUGUGGAGACCCAACUGAUGUUUACAUUGAAAGCAAACCAAUGCUUCUAAGGCAGGGAAGACUGGUAAAGGUGAAUCAUUCAUUCAUAAACACAAUAACUGGAGUUGAGAAUGCAAGUCUGGCCCAUUUAACAGAUCUUUAACAGAUUAACAGAGUUGGAAGGGACCUUACAGGUCAUCUAGUCCAACCCUCCCUGCCCAAACAGGGCAUUAUUUACACUAACAGAUUUUUCUACGCUGGCAUUUUCAAUCUCUAAGUUUUUCAAGAGGAUGCUCCUGUACCAGUAUUUUUCAGCAACUUUUUAAGAGGGUUGGAGUUGAACUCUUAAAAGUUACCAGAUAAGGGAAGACUGUUCUAAAUAGUUUCUGUGACUUUGGAAGUUUGUCAGCAUAUUUCCUUGAAACAGGACAAGUCUCAGGUAUUUUGUAUAAAACUGUCAUAUUUUCUUCAAAUUCAAUUUUUUUUUAAAGUAGAAAUUUGAUACAUAUAUUUUUUGGCUUGAAACAAAAAAUCUUGGUCUGUGACUUUUUAAAAAAAAAGUUAAGUAGGGAAAUUGAGCACAUGUUCACUUUAAUCUUUAUAAUUGCUGUCCUUAAUUGCUUGCUUAGCUUAGUCUUUUAAUUAGUGCUAAAACAUGGAGCAACAUUUAACCUAUUAGCCCUAUGAUGCUGUAAUGCUAAAUCAUACUAACGGUUAUGAUUUGACAAUGAUUAAAACCUCAUCUCUUUUACCUUAAAAUAAACCCCAAGACCAUAUAAUGCUAUAGUGCUAUUUUUUAAAAAACCAAGGAGGAAACUUUCUGAAGGACUGCUUCUGUGUUGCCUAAGGCUUUUAAGUCAUUGUAAAUGACUGUUAACUUCUAC